CGCACGAAGUUGCACUUGAUGGGCAAGCGUGAAGCGCUUUUGCUGCUUCAGAGCAUCCUCAGGAUGAACGCAAAAGCGAAUGGCUUCCUGCAUCUCGCGAAGGACAUCCUGGACUUGGUGGCGAAGGAGGCCAUGAAGCAUGAUGCCGUUGAGGAGGUCACGUUUGAAUGCGCACGACGUCUUGAGCGGGUGCUAGUCCGCAUGCCUUUCCGCCAACUGGCCCUCGUCUCUGUAUCAAAGGCGAAUCGUGGCGCGUUUCGUGAGCUUAUGGUGACAUGCAUCGAGCGGCUCGCCGAUGAUCUUGGAGCCAUGCGGAACAUAGAAUUCAACACUUGA